AUGAUUGCUCCAGCUGGAGUCGUUUCGAAUACUAUAUUUAUGAUUCCAUCUGCUGACUUUAAUGAUCCAUUACGUUUGUCACAAAUUGCCAACACAAUUCGUCGUUCAAUUCUUCGAGCACGUGAUCCGAAAUUUCUCGAGCCUUGGUUGGCUACUGUUGACGUCUUAAUGAGAAAAAAUGCACGUGAAAAUCUGCGGGCCUGUGGGCAAUUUCCGAAUGAAGUGAUAGUUAAUUCUAGUUUGAGAUUCGAUUGGGCGAACCUUGUAGAUUUUGGCUACACGAACAAAUGUCGCUGUUAUGUACCUCGAGCAAGUCCAUUGUAA